CCCAAGUUUGAUUCUUGCGUGUGAGCCAUUGGGUCACGGUUAAAUUUUCUCCUCACUGGAUAACACCUUUUUUACUUAUUUCUACGAAGGACUAAUCUGGGGUCUGUGUCCUCAAACGGAUCAUCUUUUAAGUUAAUUGGGUCGUCAUGAGUUCGUCCGUAGUGAAACGCGAAUGGCUUGGCUUGGAGGGGCACAUACAAGCUCUGAACAGCAACUGUGGGCUUUCCAAGCUAAAAGAACAAGAUAAAGGGGACAGACACUGGUUCAUUAUGCAGGAUUCCAACCUCUUGUUUUAUGACCAAAAAGCUAGCCAGGCCCCACCAGAUACCAAACCAACAGGAUCUAUAAAUGUUGGUUCAUCGGUGGUAGAUGUAAUUGUUGUUAUUUCAAGCAAAGAGGGAAAAGACUAUCAGCUGUUCCCUCCACGGGAUGUGUGUGUAUUUGAUUGGGUUGCAAGUCUCAAGGAAGCAACAAGAUUGGCGAGUAAACAACAUUCGGAGGCAUCUUUUGAGCGUGGGGCAGGAGGUGGGAGUAUCAUGGGCAGGUUGCGGAACAGUCUGCGCCGAAAGAAGAAAGUGACUCGAGCCUUGUCAGAUACUAGUAAAGUUGGAUCCAAUGUAAACGGUUCUGCAUCAAGUGACGCAACCGGGGACCAUGCUGAGGACCCCUCCUUGAAGCUGGAGACAAAGUUGAAAACCCGCGUUCAGCGUUCCAAGUCCUUUCCACACGAAGAGUCACAGAUUGUUGAACUUAAACUAAUGCCAUCGUUUAAUGAACAGGAAAAGGAACCGGCAGUGGAGGCAGAAGAAGCGGUUUCGUGUGACCCUGUAUGCGAAAAUAGUUGCGAAAAGAUAUCAGUACAAAUACCACCUAAAGAUGGCGAAAUUGCAGAGAACGAAGAAGAACGAAAACGACAACCAGUUGUAACUGAGUCCAUUGAAGUGCAAACUGAACCAAUUACAGUCGAAGAGUUACUUUCGUUUCAACAACAGAAAUUAAUAAAAGAACUUGAAAUAGAGGUUUGCAAGCUGAAAUGUGAAGUUAUAAGUUUGAUUCAAGGAAGUAUAAAGAUUCCUUUAAAAGAUGACGACUUGGCUGACUGGCAACUUAUAGAAGACAUCAGGUAUAAGGACCGUAUUUAUCAGUUGUUGAGAGAGGCUCGGCUUUACAACCCAAGUUUGCCAAAUUUUGACAGCACAUCAGCUUCAAGUAGUUUUAGAGACAGUUAUGGUUUUAUCCGUGGAGCCAGAGAGAGCGAAAGUGAACUGUUUCACUUCCUUUGUCGCGAGCUGAAACAACAUUACUCGAGCUUUUAUCAGAACAGAGAUGGUCAUGCCCGUUUGUGGUCACAGUAUGUGAAAGCUAGGCAACAAGAAAGCAAAGACGUGGUUUUUAACGAGCAAGGAAUGAAAGCAUUGUUAAGAGAAGGUAUCCCCAGAAGCUGCAGAAGCGAAGUGUGGAGAAGUGCAAUGGCGCAAAAGGUAGAACAUUUAAAGAAAGAGAAGGGGAGAGAUUAUUAUCAAAAGCUUCUUCUCCAAGUGGAGAGACGCAAGAAUCUCUCUGCCAAUCACCCGCUUGGUGUUACCGAGAAUCAGAUCAAGUGCGAUCUGCUACGAACCCUGCCGAACAACGAACGGUUCCGAUCGGCAGACUCCGAGGAGGUUAAAAAACUGUCAAGGAUUCUCCACGCGUUUUGUGUCCAUCGUCCAGAUAUAAACUAUCUUCAGGGGAUGAAUUUUAUUGUGGCCAUGUGUCUUCUUUUUAUGGACGAGGAAGACGCUUUUUGGUCUUUUGUCGCUGUUUCAGAAGUUUAUCUUAAAAACUAUUUUGAUAAAGCAUUGAGUGGAGCUCUGGCUGAUCAGUCUGUUUUGAAUGAACUCCUGAGUGACUUGUUACCAGCUUUACACGCGCACCUCAAGUACUAUGGAGUAGACAUCUCCACUGUCACAUUCAAUUGGUUUAUUACAAUCUUCAUUGAUGCUGUUCCAUUUGAGACCGCUAUGAGAAUUUGGGAUUGUUUUGUCUUUGAAGGAAGAGAGGCCCUAUUUCGGAUCGCCGUUGGCUUAAUGAAAGUCCAGCAGCCGGCACUGUUGCAGUUGUCAUGUCCGCUGGAGAUCAUGCAGUACAUGAAGAGAGCUGCAAGGGUCACUUACGACAAAGAUCAGCUUUUCAAGUCAUCGUAUGAAGACGUAAAGGUCUUCCCAACUAUAGAAACUCUGGACGAGAAGCAAGCAAAGUAUUUAGGUGGUGCUGAUACUAGACUCGACGAGAGGUCGAUUACAAGGGAUGAACGAACGCGCUCCCGUGUCAGUUCUUUCACUGUGGAAAUCCCCAACCAGGAGAAGCUUGAAAAACCGGAUCAACACGAAAUUCUGGAAUGCGCUUUAGCAACAAGUCGAGAUUUGUCAAGCCCCGUGUGUCUAUUCUGUAGCAGUAGGCUGACAGCAGAAUUUUAUCUCCUGGACAUCAACAAGAAGGAAAUGAAGGCGCUUGACGUAGAUACGAAAUCACGUGUUCUAUGUUGUGAUAUGUUGGACGAUGGCACUAUCUUAGUGGGGACGGUGUCGUGGUACAUACAUGCGUUCGUUUUGGAGCUCAGUUCGGAAGUAUGGUGCAUCCAGCUUAAUGAUUCAGUCAUCGACAUUGCUCAUUUACCAGAAGGAAAAGUUUUUGCAGCCUUGGCCGAUGGAUCGAUUGCCGUGUUACAGAAUGCUAGUGGGCAGGAGGUUCCAUCAGAAGGCUCUCACAUCCGCGUCGGUGGAUCACCUGUCACGUGCAUUACUCUCGUGAAUGAAAACGUGUGGUGCGGCUGCGGAAACAAUGUGGUGAUUCUCGAUGGAAGUUCCCUUGGUGAGCUCGGUUCACUGGUUGUAUCAAACUCGCGUCGCCAUCAGGUUUCCAAGUUAACGCACGGUAAACAUGGCGUCUGGUGCAGCGUGAGAGGGUCUUCUUGCAUUCUCUUGUUGGAUCACGCCACUUUUGACGUGCUUCUCAAGGUCGAUGACGUCACAAGCCUCGACACCAGCUCUGACUCAAGGGUAAUAGCAUUCUGCGAAUCUCGGGUCACAACAAUGAUGGCUCUAGGUGAAGAAUUAUGGGUAGGGCUUGGUAACGGACAAGUUUUAAUAUUUGACGUCACUAGAAAUGACAAAUUCGAAGACGAAGGUUAUGUGGUCCUUGACGAACACAAAGGAUACAAAGAAAAGCGCAAGGAGAGUUCGACCAAAUUUUUGCCAACGAUAUCGGAAACAGAGGAAAAAAUAAAAGAACCGGAACUGACGCCAAGCAUCGAGGAUUCCACGACGCAAUCAGAAGUAAAUUCCUCUCCAGAGACAGUGAAUACUUGUACCGACGAAGAAAUUUCAUCGAUUGACGAAUUUAGUGAGAGUGAAUUGAGAGAGUCUCUUGAAAUGUCCAAGAAAAUUGUAGACAGUCAGAACGUGGUUAACGCCCAAGACCACGAAAGUCAGGCACAAAACCCGUCCGGCGAACAAAUUAAACAGGACACCGAUAUGUACUACAGUGAUUACAGAUUUAGACUGAGGCUCAGAGUUCAUUUCCGCAUCAAUGAAGAAGCCAUUCGUUGUCUACUGCUAGUAAGAGAACAAGAUCCACUGGUCCUCAGCUGUGCGAGUAAUUUCAACGAAGAAGGAGCUUUGUCACUAUGGCAAGAACAAAGAGGAGAGGAAACGAAUGAAUGGCUCCCAUUUUCAAUAAAACAUCGCUUCACCGAGACCGCUGGUCUAUUUUUGAGGGGCGAGAAUACACCGAGUGAUUGACAACCCAACCCCUUGAUCUCACGCUUUGUUGGUUCAUUCUCCGAAGGCAAGACUGCUCAAUGAUACUGAACAAUUUCCACAUAUUUUCGAGCAAUAAUACAUGGCUUGCACGACCUUCUUUUUCGAUGAAUUUGUCGCUGGGACAGAAAUGUGCGAAUGAAAGAAGCCGUCAUUAUCCUUAGACACUUAAUAAGUCGUUCAUGCUCACUAAAAUGUUUUCUGCACUAGUACCAUGUAGGUGGGUGAAAGAUAGGCUAUAAUACUCUUUUUCUAACAUGCACGUUUAUGUGUGUCACAGACGGGCGCAUUUCAUUGAUUUGGUCGCUGGAUCGCAAUGCUGCCGUUGGGCAAACGUGAGAGGUUAAGUUAUAACGUGUUGGCGUGAUAUGUCCAACUCGAUUAGUGGGCUUAGGAUCUUUUUUUUUUGGUUACUUCAGCCAACCGACAGUAGGUUUUGCCAUGAAAGGAAUAUCAAUACAAUAUAUUAAUGAGAGUGCAUAGCUAGGAGUAUUUAAAUAUAUCAUUACAGAGAGAUGGUUAUCAAAAUUAUGUCCUUGAAACAAUAAUAUAUUCCUGUUUACGGCAAAAAAAUUAAGCAAAAAGAACAAAAACUGAUGAAAUUGAAAUAUUUUUUGUUAUUUUUGU